AUGGUGGCAACAGGCUGGAGAAAACCUGAGCGCUCGUCGCCGCCGGACCACUACCUCCUCAGAAGACCACACGUGUUAACGGGACGGGGAGAUGAGGCCACGGUGGGUCCGAGGGCUCCACACAGACUGCUCGGUCUCCUGGUCCUGAUCCCCCUCUGCCUUCUGCAUGGAGGGGCCUCUGGGCAGCCCCACCGGACCCACCGAGCCCCUGCCGAGGGGGCCACAUCCGUUCAAGGAGUGCGGGGCGGCUCUGUGGAGCUGGCUUGUGGCUCCGGACCCCCCCCACUCGUGGUCUUCUGGAGCUUCACUCCCCUGGGCUUGCUGACUCCCCGGCCUGUGGCUGUCACCAAUGGAGCGGAGUCCAAGGUGGAGGCUGGGGCCUUGGCUCUGGGGGCCGCGAGUCUCCGGAACAGCAGCCUGGUGCUGCGGGAGCUGUGGGAGGGUGCCCGAGGCCGCUUCCUGUGCCAGGCCCUGCACGCAGCUGGGGGCCAGCUGCACACUACCUACUCCUACCUCAUGCUGGCCGUGCUGGUGCCCUUAUCAAAGCCUUGGGUGAGGCUGAACGACCUGUCCCCUGUGGAGGGGGCCUCCGUGGUGGCCACAUGUGCAGUCCGGGAGGGCACAGAGCCUGUCACGUUUGCCUGGCGACAUCAGGCACCUCGAGACCCGGAGGAGGUGCUGUUGGAGGUGACAGAGCGAUGGCUUCAGCUAGACCCGGUCAACAGGACACACCUGGGCUGGUACCUAUGCAGUGCCCACAAUGCCGUCAACCAGCUGAGCAGCGAUGGAACCUUCCUUGAUGUCAUCUGGGAUCCCCUCCAGAGCCCCACCUGCUGGACCGCAGCCACAGUCGGAGACCAGUUCAUCACGCUGAGCUGUGAGUGGCCUGGAGGCGAGCCCCUGCCAUGCUGAGCUGGCUGAAUGGACAGCAGCAGCCCCUCGCUGGCCGCCCACCUCCUGCAGGCCCGGGAAGAUCUGGCUGGCCGAGAGUUCACCUAAAGGGGCACGCACCCACUCAGGGUCCCUGACGCCCACUGCCGGCUCCAGCUGGAAGCUCCGCAGGGGGCCGUGGCUCAGCCCCGGGUGUCGGUGCUGGAAGGGGGAGAGGCCUGGCUGGGCUGCGCCCUCCUGGGGGGCACGCCGCCUGCCCAGCUCCGGUGGCUGGGACCCCAGCGACAACAGGUGGAAGCGGGCACCUCCGGAUUCAUGCUGCACCCCGACGCCCCCCAGCUGCACCUUCACAUCUGGGAGGCUGACCCCGCGCGCCACAGGGGGGCCUACCAGUGCGUGGCCCACAACACUGUGGGCGACAGCAGUCGCAGCGUCCUGCUGGAGGUCCCGAGAUACCCGGCUCCUCCCAACGUCACCAUCCGCCGCCUGACCUAAGGGAGAAGCCGGUCAGAGGUGCUGCUGCGGUGGGCCGUCCAGGGCCCCGGGAACCUGACGGGCUUCCUGGUGCAGCGCAGGGCCGGCGGCCGCAGCCCAGCAGCCGGGGCCUGGGAGACGGCAGCCGGGGACAUCAAGCCUGAGAGCAGGGGCCGGACGCUGGGGGGCUUGGACCCAGGUGUUCGCUACGCCUUCCGCGUCCUGGCUCUGAAUCACCGCACGGCUGGACACCCGUCUGAGGUGAAGACACCAGGUGCUGGGCCUAAAGCCCGGACCCCACACUUCAGCGCCUAUCCAGCAGUGCUGGGUGCAGCGGGCACAGGAGUGGUGGUGGUGGCCGUGCUCCCUACUGGCAUGGCCUCCCUACUGGUGUUCCAGUAUGCUGCCCGGCACCCGGAGACUCUCCCCUGCCUUGGUCAGUUGCUUGUUCCCACGGAACAGAGUCACCAAUACGGGGAUUCAGGAGAAGGCCUGGAGGCACCGGCGGGCGUCGAACCACCACCCACCACCCCAGGUCCAGAUCCCACAGAAAAACCCACAGAUGCCCCAGCUCAUGUCACCAUCACUGUGACUGCAACUCCGUGA